UUCCCCUCUUUAUACCCAGUAGCGCAACUUUCACAGGAGACCCCCUACCCCCUCACGUCCUCAUCCUCUUCACACCCCACCACCCCCGGAAACCAAACGACGAAGAACUCCAUCAUCAGCUACUGAGCAAAGAACGCCCAACCCCUAGACAAAACAGAAAAGUGGUCAUAAACUCCAACUUCAAAAAGAGAAAUCGACCUUACCCAAUUCCCAAUUUCCAAGAGCCUCUCACGCACACACACCCCUGAAACCUAGUAAAAAUAGGAGUUAUUUGCACCAAACAACAGCUCCAAAUGGCCCAACAGUGAGGUUUAAAGGAGGUCUGUUGAAGCGGUUUGCGGUUCGAGGUUUCCGUUCGAAUUCGCCGGUCCGACUGGUUUUCUGUUGGGUCUCGUUGCUGUUCCUUGGUUGAAUCCUCAUUGUUAAGUUGCGCAGGAGCUUAAUGACCAAGGACUUUGAUAGAGAUGAAUCAAAUCUCAAAUGCCUUUUCAUUGCUAAAUUUGGAUGUUGCAGAUAGCCAGGAUGAAACCCGAACUGAUAUUACUAAUGGGGGCACUGGUAGAGUAAAUAGAAAAGGUAAAGGAAAGGACAAAUAUGGCAGCCCAGGAGAGAUGGAAGUACUUGAGCAUGAAAAAGAGGAUCAGAAGUCAGUUUCAGGAGAGUACAAAUUGCCGCUUGUAUGGAUUGACCUUGAGAUGACCGGUUUGAAUAUUGAAGUUGAUAGGAUAUUGGAGAUUGCUUGUGUAGUUACAGAUGGAAAUUUGACGAAAUCAAUUGAGGGUCCGGAUUUGGUUAUAAAUCAACCUAAGGAGUGUCUAGACAAAAUGGGUGAAUGGUGUCAAGAGCAUCAUGCAGCUAGUGGUUUGACCGAGAGGGUGCUUAAGAGUACGGUCACUGAAGAAGAAGCUGAGAAACAGGUUAUUGAAUUUGUCAAGAGAAACAUUGGCACAUAUACACCAUUGCUAGCAGGAAAUUCAGUCUACGUGGAUUUUCAAUUUUUGAAGAAAUACAUGCCGAAUCUGGCUAGUCUUUUUUCACAUGUACUAGUUGAUGUCAGCAGUGUCAAGGCAUUGUGUGUUCGUUGGUUUCCAAGAGAUAGCAAAAGGGCUCCUAAAAAGGAAAGCAAGCAUAGAGCUAUGGAUGACAUUAAGGAGAGCAUAGCAGAACUCAAAUACUUCAAGGAACACAUAUUCAAGGCCUCCAAGUCUAACAAGUGACUUCGUUACGGGUUUUACUUCUGGUCCCACAAUUUGGUAUUAAAGUGGUGAAGGUCUCUUGUUGUAUGGGAAGUAUGAAACAUUGUGCUUAACAAUAAAGGUUUUUCUUACUUACUAUUUCAGCAAGCAAUUCAUUUUGGCAACUCAUAAAGAGUGAGAAAGAGAGAGAGAGAGUAAAGGGAAAGAAAUGGAUGGUUCUUCUGAUACUACUCAUAUGGAAUUGGCUAGGGAAUUGUAUGCUUGGGGAACUGGUGCCUGAGUUUUGAGCAGUUGUACGUGGGUGUUGGAAUACGUUAAGUCACUUUAUUAUUUUAAGUUUCCUUAAUUUGACUUUGGUCCCUAGUGUCUUGUUUCCCUAUGUGUAAUCCCUUUUCAGAGGCCAUGAAUGAAAUCUUAUUUUGCCCUA